CUCGACGUGAAUGAGAUGGGGUUGCAUAUACUGUAGGCUAUAGCCUGUCUUAUUUUCUAUUUGAAUAUCGCAACAUAACCUAUUUGUUUCUGGCCUAUAGGGAUUCACUUGAAAUGGUGGUUGUAUCUGUGUAACACGUUCGUGCCGAAUCAAAUUGAGCAUGUUUUGCGGUUCCCAUCUGGGUGUAAACAUUACGCAUAUUUUGGCCACGUUUGACGCGCGUAAAAUCGAGGUCUUGGAAAUCAACAUGUAGCCGACUAAGGUGUAAACUUAAUUAUCUUCCAUCGGCUUCCCAUAAAUGUGUAUAUUAAACCACUAAGGCAUUUAAAAAAACGGCAUGUUUACAAACUGGUUAGCCUGCUAUUGUCAGUGAUACAGGUCUCACGUUUGGGAUUGAAUCCAUCCAGAUAUAAUUCAAGUCAGGUUUAACUGAUUUCCUCCUUCCUUGUUACAUCCUCCAGAAAUCAAAGCACAAGCCCGAUCUGACUUCACUGUGAUUAUUUAGCUCCCUCUCCAGAGAUAGCAAGUCUGGAAAAUCAUGGACGGUUUACUCUGUUUUCUAACGUUGUAACAGGCUAACAUCUGGAACCAGUCAGAUCGUCUACAGGGGAGGGGGCUUGGUCGUCACCCCCCUCUCUCUUGUGCGCUCUCCCUCUCUUUCCUCUCACCAGACAAUAUCACUGCAGAAAGGUACAAGCGGCCGCUCUCCACAGGGCUAUUGAACAACUCCCGUUUCGUACGAUUUUGGCCUGGAAUUGAUGACAGAAAGUAUCUGUAAAUGAGGCACGCCACGUGUAUUUGCCUGUUUUUUUGGACAGCAUUUGGUGGAAUCGAUUCUAUUGGAAGAUUUAACCCUGUGUGAGCAGCAGUUCUGGAAUAUAGAUCUUUUUUUUGUUGCGCUGAGAGCUUGAAUCUAUUCCUUUUACGGCAUCAGUGGCAGCGCGCGGGGUUUGGUGUCAUUGGUCCGGCUUUUGAUGCACCCUAUUUAAAACAUCUGCGGGCAAAUUGAUAGGAUUUUGAUUCAUAGGUAGGCUAGCAGCAAAUGGUGCUAGUGCCAUGUUUCUUAGGUAGGACCCGGAUGUUCCGAGGAUGCACUGGUUCGUCUUCUUAGGUGGUUCAAGCGAAUAUCUAUUUAUGUGUUCCAACUCCAGAAUGGGGAUCAGGUAAUAUUUACUGAAACGCAACAAAAAAAAGGAAUAUCGAAAGCUGUCCGGGCGUUAUUCUUUUUUUAUUUUCCUUCUCUUUGGUUUCUUUUUUUUCUUCCUCUACUCCUUUUUACAAGCCUUUUCUCCAUUCACCUACGGAUAAAGCUGGACCACAUUUAUGGUAAAUGAAAGCAAAAACAUGUACAUACCAGAGGACACCCUUGAGAACCAUCAAGGCUCCGACUACUCCCCCCCACCGCUGCCGGUGGUGGCGCCCAGUCUGAACGAUACCAGCGUUGCAGAUGGAGGAGGCGGCGUGGGUGGCGUCACAGCCCUGGGUGGAAGUGGAGGUGGGCGCGGGCCCCUGGAGGCCGUGGUCGGAGGGGCGGUGGUGGGGCUAGCGGCAGAGCACAUCCCCAGCGGCCCCGGGGCGGCCCUCACCUGGCAGGCGGCCAUCGAGGCGGCGCGGCAGGCCAAGCAGAUGGGGAACGCGGGCGCACCCAUCUGCACAGCCAGCUCCACACAGAGGAAGAGGCAGCACUACACCAACAAGCCCAAGAAACCCAUCAACACAGCCCCAACCAGACCUCCCAGAGCCCUGCUCUGCCUCACCCUCAAGAACCCCAUCCGCAGAGCAUGCAUCAGCAUCGUGGAGUGGAAACCGUUUGAAAUUAUCAUUUUGAUGACUAUAUUUGCGAACUGCGUGGCCUUAGCUGUCUACAUCCCCUUCCCAGAGGACGACUCCAACGCCACCAACUCAAACCUGGUAAGUCACACCUGACCUGACACAGGCUCUUAUGUCAUGUUGCUAUGGUUAUUCCGCUCUGUUUGACUGUAGGUACCAGGUGGCUGUGUGUGUGGGGGGGUUGAGUUGUCGUGGUUACCUGUAUCCCCAUCCUCCAUGUUGUGGUUUGGAGAGAACAGGGCAUGUGGAGGGCAGCUAAUACGUUGCCUUGGGACUUCUGUAUGGUACAUACUGUAUGUGUUGGUGUCUGAGCAUAUGUACACGGUGUCUGAUCAUGUACAUGGUGUCUGAUCAUGCACAUGGUGUCUGAUCAUGUACAUGGUGUUUGAGUAGAGUGAGUGGAGGGAAUGUGGGGCUCCCGAGUGGCGCAGGGGUCUAAGGCACUGCAUCUCAGAUAGAGGCGUCACUGUAGUCAAUGGUUCCAAUCCAGGCUGCAUCACAUCUGGCUGUGAUUGGGAGUCCCAUAGGGUGGCGCACAAUUGGCCCAGGUUUGGCCGGGGUAGGCCGUCAUUGUAAAUAAGAAUUUGUUCUUAUCUGACUUUCCUAAUUACAUUUUAUAAUGUGUGGUGAUCUGGUCCUCCUGUGUGUUACUGUGUGUGGUUGAGAUGGUAACUGCUGGCUGUGUGGUGACCUGGUCCUCCUGCUGGCUAUGUGGUGACCUGGUCCUCCUGCUGGCUAUGUGGUGACCUGGUCCUCCUGUGUGUUACUGUGUGUGGUUGAGCCGGUAACUGCUGGCUGUGUGGUGACCUGGUCCUCCUGCUGGCUAUGUGGUGACCUGGUCCUCCUGCUGGCUAUGUGGUGACCUGGUCCUCCUGCUGGCUAUGUGGUGACCUGGUCCUCCUGUGUGUUACUGUGUGUGGUUGAGAUGGUAACUGCUGGCUGUGUGGUGACCUGGUCCUCCUGCUGGCUAUGUGGUGACCUGGUCCUCCUGCUGGCUAUGUGGUGACCUGGUCCUCCUGCUGGCUAUGUGGUGACCUGGUCCUCCUGCUGGCUAUGUGGUGACCUGGUCCUCCUGCUGGCUGUGUGGUGACCUGGUCCUCCUGCUGGCUAUGUGGUGACCUGGUGUUACUGUGUGUGGUUGAGCCGGUAACUGCUGGCUGUGUGGUGACCUGGUCCUCCUGCUGGCUAUGUGGUGACCUGGUCCUCCUGCUGGCUAUGUGGUGACCUGGUCCUCCUGCUGGCUAUGUGGUGACCUGGUCCUCCUGCUGGCUAUGUGAUGACCUGGUCCUCCUGCUGGCUAUGUGGUGACCUGGUCCUCCUGUGUGUUACUGUGUGUGGUUGAGAUGGUAACUGCUGGCUGUGUGGUGACCUGGCCCUCCUGCUGGCUAUGUGGUGACCUGGUCCUCCUGCUGGCUAUGUGGUGACCUGGUCCUCCUGUGUGUUACUGUGUGUGGUUGAGCCGGUAACUGCUGGCUGUGUGGUGACCUGGUCCUCCUGCUGGCUAUGUGGUGACCUGGUCCUCCUGCUGGCUAUGUGGUGACCUGGUCCUCCUGCUGGCUAUGUGGUGACCUGGUCCUCCUGUGUGUUACUGUGUGUGGUUGAGAUGGUAACUGCUGGCUGUGUGGUGACCUGGUCCUCCUGCUGGCUAUGUGGUGACCUGGUCCUCCUGCUGGCUAUGUGGUGACCUGGUCCUCCUGCUGGCUAUGUGGUGACCUGGUCCUCCUGCUGGCUAUGUGGUGACCUGGUCCUCCUGCUGGCUAUGUGGUGACCUGGUCCUCCUGCUGGCUAUGUGGUGACCUGGUCCUCCUGCUGGCUGUGCGGUGACCUGGUCCUCCUGCUGGCUGUGCGGUGACCUGGUCCUCCUGUGUGUUACUGUGUGUGGUUGAGACGGUAACUGCUGGCUGUGUGGUGACCUGGUCCUCCUGCUGGCUGUGCGGUGACCUGGUCCUCCUGUGUGUUACUGUGUGUGGUUGAGAUGGUAACUGCUGGCUGUGUGGUGACCUGGUCCUCCUGCUGGCUGUGCGGUGACCUGGUCCUCCUGUGUGUUACUGUGUGUGGUUGAGACGGUAACUGCUGGCUGUGUGAAGUUAAUAUGAAUGGUUAAUGUGGAACUACUAGCCAGGAGAAUGGUUAAUGUAGAACUACUAGUCAGGAGAAUGGUUAAUGUAGAACUACUAGCCAGGAGAAUGGUUAAUGUAGAACUACUAGUCAGGAGAAUGGUUAAUGUAGAACUACUAGUCAGGAGAAUGGUUAAUGUAGAACUACUAACCAGGAGAAUGGUUAAUGUAGAACUACUAACCAGGAGAAUGGUUAAUGCAGAAAUACUAACCAGGAGAAUGGUUAAUGUAGAACUACUAGUCAGGAGAAUGGUUAAUGUAGAACUACUAAUGUCUGUCAGAACUGGAGAUGGACUCAUCAUCUCCCUAUUUCUCUCUCUCUCUCUCUCUCUCUCUCUCUC